AUGGACUGUACAGAGGACAAAAACGACCGGGAUAUGAUCACUGAACUAGUCAGGGCGAGGAGUAGCAUCAGAAGGCAACUGGGCAAGGAAGCCAUUAGGCAAAGAGGGAAUGAAAAAGGAUGCGAGGAAACCACCACAGGAAGGAAUGGUGUGGCUCCAAAAACUAAAAAAGGACCAAGAAUAACCUUGAACAUUCAGCUGAUCCCUCCCUACCAGCCGGAAGAAUUUCCUCCUCUCGCACGAAUCCCGGAAGGAAAGAAAUCACAGGGAAGGGAAGAGGAAGAAACCAGAAGAGAAGACAAAGCAUGGACAAAUGUCAAAAAAGGAUCUAGAGGAGAAAAAGGAAAGACGAUGUCGAUGAAAAUGAAGAAAGAGCCAGAAGCAAACAAGGGCAAAGAUGGAAAAACGGGGGUCCAAGACAACAGGAUUGCGACCCCAGGCGGACACAGAGAAAGCAGAACCGCCGGAACUGUGCCUAGGCGACGUGUUCCAAAAACAGCCGGCACAGAGAAUAAUGUCUCAUACAGCGAUGCACUGAAAACGGCGCGGGAAAAGAUAUCCCUAACGGAACUAGGAAUCGACCAGACUAAAAUCCGCAGGGCAAUAAACGGUGGACUCCUGGUAAAAAUCGGGGGAACAGAAGGACCCACCAAAGCAGAGGUACUGGCGGCGAAACUUCGAGAAGUCCUCGGCCCGGACGCGGUGGUCGCCAGACCAGUUAUUAAAGGCGAUCUCCGCCUGAUCGGCCUGGACGACUCGAUCACAACUGAGGAAGUGCGAUGCGUACCGGCGGAGCUGGGAGGAUGUGCUCCAAAAGAAAUUAAGAAGGGCCCCAUCAGGGAAUCCUAUAACGGACUUGGCACCAUAUGGGCUCAGGGCUCACUGUCCGCAGUUGCUCGCGUUUCAGCCAUGGGAAAGAUCAAGAUUGGAUGGACCAUUGCUCGGGUCGAGCCAUUAAAACCUAGGCCCCUGCAAUGUUUCAAAUGCUGGAAGCUGGAACAUGUCAAGAAUAACUGCAAAUCGACCGAAGACCGUAGCAAACUAUGCUACAGGUGCGGACAGGCGGGUCACAACGCUCGCAGCAGCUCAGCCAAACCGAGCUGCGCAGUAUGCACCAAAAAUGGCAAGGAGGGUAAUCACCAGCUAGGCACGGCGCAAUGCCGGGCCAGUAAACCCAAAGAGAGAAAGAGUUGGACCUCCUACAACCUCAUGGUCCACCAGGCGAUGGAAAUGGGGGUAGGCAUAUGUCUGAUUUCGGAACCCCCGAGGGCCCAGGAUUCUCAGCAACGAUUCAGUAGUCGCGAUGGACUGGCAUCAAUCCUGUGUAUACCGGAUCAAAUACCAGAGGGCAGGACCUGCUCCCUUGUUAAACAGGGACGCGGUACUGUCACCAUUCAGAUUGGAGAAUUGUGGGUGACCUCCUGCUACCUGUCACACAACGCUACCCGGGCCGAAUCUCUAGUGUUCUUCGACGAACUAGAGGAAAUUGCCGCGGGGCUGGACCUGCGUAUAUUAAAUGAUGGCGAACUGCCCACAUACGUGCAUCUGCGGGGCUCAUCCACAGUGGAUCUCACAUGGGUGACCCCGGAUGUCCUAAAAGCGACCCUUGGAUGGACAGUGGCAGACCUGAAAACACUGUCUGACCAUAAGUACAUUACAUUCCGAUUUAGAAUGGAUAGGUCCCAGGCAAUCGCGGGCGCGAGAGCUCGGAGGUUCCCAGGAUGGAACGUUAGAAAAUUUGACCCCGAAACCUUCUCUGCAGCCCUAGAGUGGAGCGGGCGUGAGGGACCGCCCGAGGCCGAGUCGCCGGAGGUCUACGCAAAAUGGCUCCAGGAAAGGCUGCAGGAGGCCUGCGAUUUGGCGGCCACUAGAACUCGCAAGUGCUUCGCAAAACACCAAGUAUACUGGUGGAACGCCGCUAUAGAGGCGCUAAGGAGAGAAUGCGUCAACAAAAGGAGGUCGCUGAUCAGGCUAAACAGAAGAUCGACCAGACACAAGAAACGGGCAGGAAGCCCGGGACGAGCCGGUCAACACCAGCCCUCACCAUCCCGAAAUCCGCGCCGAGAACCCGAUGAACUAACAUCAAGGCUGGCCGAAGAAGCUUACAAAGAAGCCAAGCGGAAUCUCCACAAAGAAAUAGCCAGAGCCAAAACCGAAGCCUGGCAUGAGCUGAUUAAUUCAAUCGAAGCGGACUCUUGGGGACUGCCCUAUCGACUGGUCCUCAAGAAACUCAAAGGAGCGUCCUCCGCUGUCACGGAGACACUAAAGGCGGACGCCCUUGAGACAGUACUGAACGGACUAUUCCCGAGUGGCGAAACACACGAGCCGUAG